AUGGCGAGGACAGGCUUCUUCCACCACUUCGGCACCUUCCUGCUGCUAGCAGCAACGGUGCUGCUCAUCGUUACCUGCAUUUCCUCUCCUGUCGUCAACGACAUCUCGAUCAUGAAAGUCGAUCUCGGUAGCCUUCACGUGGGCCGCUUCAAGAGGGUAACCUUUGGUACCUUUGGCUGGUGCGAGAUUGCCGAUGGCCAAUCUGACUCCUGCUCCAAAUCUCGUGUGGGCUACAACGCCGCCAACGUGAUGCGCACCAUCGACGGCACCUCUUUCUCCAACUACUCCGAGAACACCAUCAAGGCGCUCACCAAGGCCAUGAUCCUGCACCCCAUCGCCUGCGGUCUCAACUUCAUCGCCUUCCUCCUCGCCCUCGGCGCCGGCCUCGUCGGCUCUUUCCUCGCCUCCAUGGUCGCUGCCCUGGCUUUCAUCGUCACCGUGGUCAUCAUGAUUAUGGACUUUGUCACCUUCAGCAUCCUCAAGUCGAACGUCAACGACAACAACGCGGGCUCUCGCGCGCACUGGGGCUCCGCCGCCUGGACCACCCUGGCUGCUGCCAUCUGCUCGCUGUUGGGCAUGAUCAUCCUCUUCAUCACCUGCUGCUCGGCUAGAAUCCACAAGAAGAGGAACAGGCACGUCGAGCCCAAGAACGACUACGGCGUUGCUACUCCUGUAGCUCCUCGCCGCAGGAGGUGGUUCUAA